AUGCCUGAGCCGGCUAAAUCUGCUCCUGCUCCUAAGAAGGGCUCCAAAAAAGCUGUAACCAAGACCCAGAAGAAGGGGGACAAGAAGCGCAAGAAGAGCAGGAAGGAGAGCUACUCCAUCUACGUCUACAAGGUGCUCAAGCAGGUCCACCCGGACACCGGCAUCUCCUCCAAGGCCAUGAGCAUCAUGAACUCGUUCGUCAACGACAUCUUCGAGCGCAUCGCCGCCGAGGCUUCCCGCCUGGCCCACUACAACAAGCGCUCCACCAUCACCUCCCGGGAGAUCCAGACCGCUGUGCGCCUUCUCUUGCCCGGGGAGCUGGCCAAGCACGCCGUGUCCGAAGGCACCAAGGCCGUCACCAAGUACACCAGCUCCAAGUAAUUCAGUGUUACUCUAAACGAACCCAAAGGCUCUUUUCAGAGCCAUUCAAAUUCUCAGCAAAAGAGCUGUAUC